UAUUCUGCAAAAUGUUAGUCGUCGUUUACCUAAUGGACGCUAAGAAAAAUAUAAUUAUUCCACAGGAUUGGAUUUUAGCAUUGGAUCAAGAGACAUUGAAUAAUGUUGGUAAGGCUUCGUAUCAACAUCGACGAAUUUUUUGGUCAAAUCAUGGGCUCAGUGAUGAUGGUAUACCCGAUGAGUCGAUUGCACCAAAUUUCUAUUUGCCAUUAUCAAAAACAUUUCCACCACCGGAAAAUUUGGCUGAAACUUGUUACAUUGCUCGUGUCAAACAGUAUUGUGCAACAGUUCCCAGAGCAAAGAUGUUCCGUGACCAAUUCCGUGCACGGCAACCAAUACGCUACAGCAACCGUAGAAAAUCGGAUGGAUUGACGCCGUCAACUUCACCAACGCCAAAUGAACAAAGUGAUUCAGACCUGAUCAAUUCACCACAUGCAUUGAAUUCGAAUUCAAGUCAACCACGUGAAGCUGAGUCACUCAAUUUUAAUGGUUCAAAUCCAGUUGCACAAUCUAAUUCACAUGAAUUUCAAAACGAAAGAGCUACUGAAAGUUCGAAUGAUGAACCACAAAUCCAAGUCGAUGACACGUCAGCAGAUUCAGGUGAAACAAUCAAUCAAGCGUCAAGUGAAGUGAAGAGCAUCAUGCCAAAUGUCGAAAUGGGAGAGGAAGAAUCUUUUGCAAUCGAUAGCGUAUUCGAUGAUGAUUAUAGUGACGAUAAUUUGAGCACUAAUUCAUCCGACUCGGAAAACAUGGAUCAAGAGCUACCAAACGUGAAUUUGUCGCGGGGCGAAACUGUAUUUUGGGAUGGUGGUAUAUUAAAAGUGAAGAAGAAGUACGGACGUGACUGUGAAAUCACUUACACUUAUGGCGAAAGAUUGGCACCAAAAGUUCCUGUGUUUGAAACAAAAAUGAAUGAUCUCAUCUCUAUGAAUAUCCCAUUCAAAGAAAAUGGAAACGGCGAUCGAGCUUAUUUAGUGACGACAAAGCAAGGAUCAAAAGAAGUUCAGUUGGCUUCCCGCAUUGUGAAUGGUUUGAAACAGCUAAAUUCAGGGGACAAACGUGAAAGUCGGCAGUUCGAUAAAGCAUAUAUAACAGCACUAAUUGUUGGCAUCAUUGGAAUUCAACAGGUCAAGGAUCAUGGGGUGGACAAGGAUGUUUUGAAAUUUAUUAAAAGUCUUUUCGACAUCCGAGUGGCAAAACACGAUGAUGAAAAUGGAAGCCGCUAUCUUUCUUUCAAGCGUUUGGCUGAUCUUGCUUCUGACGAAAUAAAAGAGAACAAUUUCAAAAAAUAAAAUAUGAUUUCUGAU